GCGCGACCACACCACAACGCGUCGCCGCAACAAAAACCCUCCGCGCUGCGCUCCACAAACUGCCGCACUCAGUGGCGAGUAGCGAGCGACCGCAGCAGAGCGAUCGCUGUAUGGGGCCUCCACAAGCGCUUGCUUCGAGUUGGGCUUUUCAGUUUCUUACAGUGUGUCAGCGCGGAUGGCAGUGCUGCCGUCUUCAUUUGCAAUACAAAUUUGUUUUCGUUCGUCGACGCGUCUACGUCUUCAUAUGCUUUUAAGGUGUGUACGAGCAUACACAGCAUAAAAAUAUGUUUGCAUAUGUCUGCAUAUAUCCACGUAAAUACAAAGCCAAAGCGUUCGCAGCCCAACCGCUCCGCGCUCAUUAGUGUUGAACAAAUUGAAAUGCGCCCGGGCGCGCGCGCGCUCUAAUCGUGUAAGAAUGCAUAUCAACUGAAACGUACUACAAAUGGAAAUGCAUAUGCGCGUGUGUGAGUGUGUGAACUGCUUAGUGAAAUAGAGUAAAAAACGGAGGUAAAAGUGAACAUGUCAAAAAGCGAAAAAGGAAUAUAGUUAGAAGCCAAAACAGUUUCAUUGCAAUUAUUUAUGUAUUUAAUUCGAAAUUAAUGCAAAACAAACGAGCCAAUAAUGAAAGUGGACCAAUAAUUCAUGAAUUUGCAUUGAAAAAAGUGUGAAAUUAAAUAUUAUACGCGGUAAAAAUGAAUUUUUCUACAAGUUUUGAAAGAUAUAAGUAUGAGCAAAGCUUUUUAUGACAAAAACAACAAAAAUCAUAACACUAAUACGCAAUAAGAGGCGUUAAUAACAUAACCGCAAAAUGCAGGUGAGUUGCGUUCGAAAACGGUGGCAAUCUGGUAGCAAAAGAUCAACUAUAAUACAACAACCACACGCAAUUAUAUUACAACAAUAAUAAGCUAACGCAUAUUGUAUGAAUGGAGGUGCAGAAAGUGCAAAAAACUACAAAAUAAACUUUAGAGCUCCAAAUUGAAUGAAAUUAACAAAAGUAACAAAAAUAACAACAGAAGCUGCAAGCGGGACUUCAAAAAUUGGCAGACGACAGGCACUGAGACAGUUAGUGUAGCAGCAGGAGCAGCAAGCGCCGAGCGACGGUGGCGACAGCAACGAUGACAGCGACCAUGGCGGCCAAAGAUACAAAUCAAUUGACGCGGACCAACGCCAACAUCACCGGUACCAGCACCACCAGCCACCACCCAAUAAGGCGGCAGCCAUUUUACCCGCAGCCAUCAGCACCGGUGAAUACAAUAUCGGCAACAACAACAGCAGUGCAAACAACGAUGGGCCGAGCGAUAAAUAUUGGUUUUGCUGGCUACACACACGCGCACACAGAGACCCAGCAUGCGGGCGAUGGUGGAAUAAUGCAUGAAAGGGCGCACCAACGUAAUGAAGUGCCCCCGUCGACCCGAGUCGCCGCAUGUGUCGAUGACGAUGAGGCCAUUGUCGAUAGCAACGGCAAUGCGUAUACACGCAGAGAUAGUGUCGCCGCCACGGCUGCUGCAGCUGCCGCCGCUGUUGGCGAUGUUAAUUUUCCCGUUGACACGCGCACAGGUGUGACGACGGGCGGCAUUAUGCUGGACGCUGUGGACGUUGAUGUUGACGAUGAUGAUGAGAGCGACUCGUUCGGUUCGAUGGAGACGUUGUCGGACAAUGUGGCUGUAUGGGUGGACGGCGAGAAGCAUUGGGUGGCGGGUGUGGAUGCGAGUACGACGUGUGCGGAUUUGAUUGGCGCGUUGCUCAAUUAUCAAAACGCACAGCAAUUGCAGGAAAAACACUACCAGCAGCAACAGCAGCCACAACAGCAUAUGUUUAGUGUCAAUAGCGGCAAGAGCAAUAAUAAUAGCAACAGCAACAGCAAGAGCGCGGCAAAUCCAGCCAUCAAUCAAUCAACGUUAAUAAAAACAUCAACGCAUACCAAAGAAAAUUGCGAUCCAUCGCUCGCAGCGAGCGGUGAAUUGACUAUUGGCGGUUGCCUUCCCAUGGCAGCUGCUGUGUCGAUGGCGCUAACUGUGCCGGCGACUAGUGGUGGCGCACCUCUGUGUGGCAACCGGCUAACGAACGCCACUGAGUACGUCAUUGUCAAGCAGCAUCGCCAUUGUGAGGAGUACUUGGAUGGUAAUGCGAAGGUAUUCGAUGUGAUGCCAGUGCAGGAUGGCCCCUCAAGGAAGGAGUGCGAAUUGCUCUUGCGUCGCCUCACUGCCGCCAACAGCAGCGGCCAUGGCAACAACAACUGCAAUGGCAACAGCAAUAAUGGCACUUUCACGGCAUUACCUAAUGCGCUGCAUCGCGCCAGCUCACCGUCGCUCAAUCUGAACACACAGGUCUCCUCGUUGCUCUCCACGGACAAGGACAGCGGCAUGGGCAGUCCGGUGGGGAGUUCGCGCAGCGCACGGUUACGUCGCCGCAAGUACAAAUCAGCCGCUACGGUCAGUUGGUUGGCACAGGCGAAUACGUUGCAUCCGCGCGUCUCACAACGAGCUGUAGCCGCUUUCAGCGGACUCGGCAACGCGUUGACCAACGCACAGGCGACUAAAGGCGGUGGUAAGCACAUCGCUGUGAUCGACUGUGGCAUGGGCGAGGAGGAUGAUGUGGCCGCGGAUGCGCUGGAUGGCUUAGAAGUAGGCAUCGAUGGUGGUGAUGGGGGCGUAAGUGCAAAUGAGCGGCUACUGAAAAUUAUUCUAGCGCAGGACGAAACCAUUCAUCGACAGUUGGCCCUUUUAAGAGAAAAGGAGCGACAAAUUUCGAAAAUUGAGGAGGAGAAGCAUCGCGUCCGCGAGCGUGAAUUGGGUAAAAAUUACCUACUCGAAACGUACCUGAAUGGCCUGGAUGAGGCGCACGCUGAGCCCGAUUUGGAGGCGUGCACCGAUGUGGCAUUGGCCGAUAGUCCGCUUAAUGAAUUCAAUGAUGUUCGCGUUGCUGAUACCAGCCUCGUUCAUUACGGUGAUGGCGUUGCUGUUGGCGCCGCGGAUGGUGUUGGCCGUGAUGAUGAUGCUGAAGUGGAGAUAUAUAUUGACGAAUCGUAUCAGCGGACAGCGAAGACAAUUGGCGCGCAUACUACUGUGGCAGGCGUAACAACAACAACGGCAACAAACAAGGAUACGGGCAUAUCUAAAGCAAGAGAUUUCCAUUCGAAUGCGCGACACUCGAAGAAAUUAAAGGGCGACUUCAGUGGAGACGGUGGAGGAGGGGUUGCGGCGACAGGCGGGAAGAUUGAAACAAAUAAGCAAGCAAACGCCAAUUGUGAAGAUAACGAGACGGACGUGGAAGCACAACUCGUGUGGCUGGAAAAGAUCUACGCGCUCAACAAGCAGCUGCAGCGCGAGGAGGAGAUGCUGCUGAAGUUGCACGCAAAAAUACGAAAACAUCAAGUGAAACGUGCCUACCAAACCAAACGUGAAGUGUUGCAACAAAUUGAGAAAUUGGAUGCGGAGUUGACGUUGCAAUGUUGUGACAUACGCGCCGUCGAGAGCAAAUUGCACGCGUCCAACGAGCAACUGAAACAGAAGCUGGGCGUGUUGGAGCGGCUGAGUCAGGAGUUUCUGCAGACGAUGGAGACGCCGACGGCGGAGGAGGGGCUGCAUGCAGAUGCGGCUGACGUGACGGUGGCGGUUGUUAGUCAGAUGCCUGCUAAUCGAAUGCCAGAUGUAAUUAACAAUGACGGGCACAAUCUAGCAACAAUGUUGCCUGCCACGGAGGUGACAAGACCGAGGGAACUGCGAGUGGCUGAUGUGUCGUUGCAUGCUGCGAAGCAGACGACAGAACAGCUGGCGGCGCAAGAAAGUUGCCAGCUACAGCAAAGUGGUGGCAUGCAAGAAGCUGUGUGGCACUUACAAGAUGAAAAUAUGGACUUGCCACAGACAAUGCACGCAACCGCCGCUCAUGCCAAUAAAAUUAAGGAAUUGAGUGAGCUAAAGCAAACAAAUACAACAGCAAUGACAACAACUCAAAUACAAUCAGCUGCAGAAAACGAAAUAACAACAACAACAAAUGCGCCGACAUUGAGGCAUGCAACGACGCUGGUAUCAAAACUGACAGCGACAAGUUGUACCCCAUCAUCGUCACUGUUGUCGUCAGCCACACAAACGGCAGCCGUAACGACAACAACAACACCUUCAGAUACAACAACACACGCGCUAUCAACCGACAAGGCAGCCGUAACUGCAUGCAACAUGCCAGCUAUGUCGCCGGCGGAUGAAAAACAAACCACAGCACUACAUCUUCUUCAGCCACAGCAUCUGCAGCAACAACAACACCAGCAACAGCAACAACGAGCGCAGCAAAAACAAUUACCAGCGGCGGCGGCUGAAGACGGCAAUAACUCACAACAAUGUGUCGCCGCUGAUGACUUGCUCGUCGAUGCACUGGCAGCCGUUGGCGGCGUGGCACUUCCGCAAAGCAAUUAUCCAAUUAGUUGCAUUAAUCAAGCGGCCAUACACGCCACCAGUGCGCUACCAACACAGCCGAGUGUUGUUGCAGCUGCAAAUUUCACAGCGCCUGAGCAAGCGUUGCCAACAGGCGCAGCAGUAUUGCCAGCCGCCUAUUUAACGUCUUCAGCUACGCACUCCGCGGGAAAUAUAACAAGCUUGCAACAACAACAGCAAGUGCAGUUAGUGGCGCAACCGCAAUUGUUGCCGCAAAGACAAUAUUUGAGCUACAUGAAUGCUAGCUGCUUAAGCAACAACAGCAACAGUAACGAUGUCAGCAGCAACAACAACAUCAAUACCAACAACAAGAACUUAUUACCGCCCUCACAUGCCGCCCACACGAAAACGCUGCAGAAACAAAUGUUCGGUCCGAAAUCUCUCAAUCAACGGCAGCCAACUGCAGCGCCGCCGCCGCCUAAAACAAUACACACCUCAGCGACAGCGUGGACCACACCUACCGCCCCCAUGACAACGCCCAUGCUUGUGGGAGCGCAUAACGGCUUCAGCAUGCCAUCAAUAUUAGCACCUCUCCGUCCGACGACGCCGACAGCACUUUCGGCUGUACCUGUGGUUCCGUCGGUUGUGGACAUCACGCAGCUGGGCACACUGGUCUAAAGAUAACGAUGGGUUACUCGGUUGUUUGCUGACCAGCAACCGCACAUUUGCGCAGCCAGUGGGCAAAGGAGCGCGCCUUGAGUGCUCAAUACAGCUGGUGUAGGUUACACGGUGACUAUAAAUUGUUGCACAGUGUUUUGGAUUUAGUUCAUCAACAACUAAAGUAUAUAGAAGGAAAGUUUUUGAAAAGAGAUUUUAAAA